AUGGUUAAAAAAUUUGAUAAAAAGAAUGCUAAAACAUUUAAUAUAGUACAUAGAGCACAUGAUGAUGUGAAAUAUUAUGACGAAGAUGCAUCACAAAAUGUAUUAGUUGAAUCAAAUCAAUCGAAAUCAAAAUCAAAAUUAAAUUCAAAUCAAACUACCUCAAAUAAUAAAAAAAUAUAUUCAACAAAUGAUUUAGAAACUAAAUUAAAAAAUAAAGUACGAGAUAAUGAAGGAUUAGCAGCACAAUAUGGUAUAACAUAUGAUGAUUCAAAUUAUGAUUAUAUGCAACAUUUAAAACCAAUAGGUGAUUCAAAUGAUGGAAUAUUUAUAAAAGCUAAAAACGAAUCCACGACUGAAAAACCUCAAAAAAAAUUAAAUCUAGAAGAUUUAUUAAAAGAUAAUUUACCUUCGGAAGAAAAACGAUAUAUAUCAAGAGAUUUAAAUCAAAGUAUACCUGAUGAAUUAAAGGGAUUUAAUCCAAAUAUGGAUCCAAGAUUAAGAGAAGUUUUAGAAGCAUUAGAAGAUGAAGCAUAUAUAGAAGAUACAAAGAAUGAUAGGGAUGAAGAAGACGAAGAAGAGGAAGGAGAUUUGGAAGAAGAUGAUGAUAUGUUUGCUGAUUUAUUAAAAUCAGGAGAAAUUAAAGAAGAUGAAUAUAAUGAAUAUUAUGAUUAUGAUGAUGAUGAUUAUGAUUAUGAAAAUGAAAAUAAUGAAGAUUAUGAUGAAUGGGAUAUGGAUAAUUAUGAAGAUGAAUAUAAUAAAAAAUAUAAUGAAGAAUCAGAAGAAUUAAUUGACAACAAGGAAAUAAAUAAAAAUUGGCAAAAAGAUUUUAUGAAAUUUAAAAAGGAUAAUAAAAAUAAAAUAAAUGAAUGGGAUUCAGAUGAUGAAUUUGAAGAAGAAGAAGAGGAUAAACAAUCAAUAAAUAACGAAUUAGAUGAAGAAGAAGAAGAAGAAAAUGAUAAUUUAGGUGAACUACCAGUACUAAAUAAAAAUUCAAAUUCAAAAUCUAAAUCAAAAACAAAAUUAAGAAAAAAAAAAGGAUCAAUGACAGAUACAUCAUCAUUUUCAAUGUCAUCAUCAGCAUUAUUUAGAACAGAAGGAUUAUCAUUAUUAGAUGAUAAAUAUGAACAAUUAAACAAGAAAUAUGAACAAAAAGAAGAAGAAUCACCUGAAAAUAAUUCAAAUUCAAAAUCUUUUAAUAUGAAAGAAGAAAGAAAUGAUUUUGAAAAUUUAUUAGAUGAUUUUUUAGAUAAUUAUGAAUUAGAAAGUGGUGGUAGAAAAUUAGUUAAAAAAGAUAAAGAAAAAUUAAUUUUACAAAAAGCUGCAAAAUCUGUUUCUAGAGGUAAAAAUGGUGAUUUAAAUAAAUCUUUUAAAAAUUUAAAUUUCAAGGAAUAG